AUGAAGAAUCCCUCGCUCCUUCCUCUCGCCGUCGCCGUCGUCGUCCUCCUUGCCGUGUCGUCGCUGCCUCCCAUUGCCGGCGUGGCCGUGCGUAUCUACGACGCCGGGACGUCGCACAUCGAGUGCGUCAGCGGCGGCCUCUACGCGGCUAACAGCACUGUCGUGGCAAAGGAGAUCUUUCUCCGGAUAUCUUUGUCUGCUCUUGGAGUCCCCCGUUCAGCAUGCCUCCUUCUUCUGCGGCCCGCUGGUGGGGCGGCGCGACGUCAACGGCACCGGCUCCGGGGACUCCCCCUGCGACGCCUGCAUCGCCGGUGCCUUCCUCGAGUUGGAGAGGGCGUGCCCGUACCACAGGGAGGUUUCCUUUUACGGUCGCAACUGCACUCUCCUACUUGGCGAGUACCGCAUCUUCGGAUUUCCAAUAUUAUUGAACGCCAAAGGAGGAAACAUACUGACACAAGCCAUGGCUCCGGUAUAAAUAUUUCAAGCAAUUGGGUUUGCUUAGCUUUUCUUCUUGCUACUGCAGGAAUGGCGCAGCCGGAGAAAAUAGCCAAUAUGAUGCAUUCCACGCCUCUCGCUUAUCUGGAGAUUAAAGUUUUCGCACCUUGGGCACUGGUUUUGGGCUUCACUUUCUUCAUAGGACUUCGUCUGUCAGGCAAAUAAUGAAUGGAUACUUUCUGCCCAUAAUGUAGGACUUCACUUUGAUCAUUUUAAAGCAACUCCAAUGUUCAUGUGCCAUAUUAUGCUGUUUUCACAAAACUUUCAUUCCCACUAUCUUUAUCUUAAAAUGUAAAUGUAAAUACAAAACCCCAACUUGCACUGAGUCAUCAUUUAAACUCUUUGCUUGUUUGAGUGGGUUCAUUGAUUUCUCUCAUAGUACGUAAUAAUCUGCUCAA